GAACUUCCUGGGAGACUUGGAGCUGUUGGACGCACCCGGGCCGGCUAAGAUGAAGAUCGCGUCGUUCCUGAAGACUCUCGGUGCGUUCUCGUCGCUCAAUGCUGUCCUAGCAGAGCCCAUUACAGCUGCUGCGCGUGCUGUCGCGUCGCCGGUGGUGGAUCUUGGCUACUCCAAGUAUCAGGGCUAUCUGGAUUCCGACUAUUCGGUCAAUGUCUUCAAGGGCAUCCGCUACGCGGCCGCGCCUGUUGGCAAACUGCGCUGGCAAGCACCUCAAGCUCCGGUGAAGAACACGACAACUACCUCAGCAGCAAGCGACCCCCCAAUUUGCCCUCAGUCCGGCGCCGCGGGGACUCCUCCUGCGUACGGAUUCAACUCGGGACCUGGCGACGAGGACUGCUUGUUCCUCAAUGUCUAUGCGCCGCCAAAUGCAAAGAACUUGCCUGUGUUCUUCUGGAUUCAUGGAGGUGGCUACGCCCUUUUCUCAGCGCAGGGACUAAAUGCCGGCCCUAUAAUUAAGGAAAAUGGCGGCAAUUUCAUCACCGUCGUGAUUCAGUACCGCUUAGGCGCAUUCGGCUUCCUGUCUUCCCCAGAUGUCAAGGACUCCGGUACACUCAAUGCUGGGCUGCUAGACAUAAACUUCGCCCUCCAAUGGGUCCAGAAGUAUAUCCAAAAAUUUGGCGGAGAUCCAAGCAGGGUAACCAUUGGAGGCGAGAGUGCUGGAGCCGGGGCUGUGGUGUACCAAGCAUUGGCAUAUGGGGGCAGAGACAAGACUCUCUUCCAAAAUAUCAUUGCAGCCUCCCCAUGGAUACCGAGCGUCUACAAGUACAGCGACCCAGUCCCAUCUACACAUUACAAAGCAUUUUCAAAAGCCGCUGGCUGUGCUUCAGCGAAGUCGAUUUUUCAAUGCCUAGUGAAGGCAGACACUGCUACGCUUCAAAACGCCAGUGGAACUGUUUCUGAAUCCGGAGCUUUUGGUACAUUUGCUUUUCUGCCCGUUAUCGAUGGAAGUUUCAUCCAACAGAGGCCUACCGUACAGCUCGCGGCGAAGCAGCUGCAGGGCAAGCGCAUCUUGUCUGGGAAUAAUGCCAACGAAGGCGUCCCUCUCAGCCCGCCCGACGUCACUACAGAACAAGGGUUUCUUGACUACGUGGAUACCACUUGGCCCUCGUUCACCAAGUCCGAUGUCUCAUCACUGCAAGACGAGUACGCCUACGCAGAUGACCACUCACCUCUGCGUUCUACAGACCCGGUCUUCGACACUUUGGGAGACACCGGACCCACUGCAGUGAACCAGUCUGGGUUUGCGACCGGGCAACAGCAGAGACUUUUCAACGUGUUCGCAGAAUCCACAUUUGUGUGCCCGUCAUAUUGGAUUGCGGAGGCAUUCCCGGAAGCCUGGAAGUACCAGUACAGCGUGGUUCCUGCAUACCAUGGCGCUGACCUGAGUGCAUACUGGAGUGAUGGGGCCUCUGUGCCGGGGACAUCCUUUAUCCACGCCUUUCAGAAGAUCUGGGGUAGCUUCAUUACGCAGAACUCGCCAGUCAUCUCAGUUGCCGAUGCGAAAGACGGACUGGCGAAUGCGACUGUUCCCGCAGGCGGUUACGGGCAGAUAAACUGGCCCCGGUACACUCCGCAAAGUCCGAAUAUGAUAAGCUUGAAUACGACAGGGGGUGUCGUGACGCCAGUUGUAGUGACAGAUCACCUCAAAUACAACGUCUUACUGGAGCCCGGAAUCACGAACUGGUUCAAGUUGGUGAACGCCAAAAGCUGGGAAGGGGGACGAGGGGACCGAUGUAAUUGGUGGAAGAGCGUUGCGGCGAAAGUACCGGUGUAAAGAGGUGAGGCUAAGUUUUGGAAUGAUGGAGCUCGUGGAGAGGAACGAGUCUCAAUGUAGAUGGAAGAGGCUUUCUUUGACUGUAACUAUAUAGUAUUCUAGAGCCCGUUUUGGCCCCACGUUCGGUCCCACCACGCACCCUCAGGCGGCUGUUUCGUCGCAUCGAGUGCAACUACUAUGGAAGACUCGGUAGU